GGCAACUUCCGGUUUCCCCAUCUCGCCGGUCCCCCAGGCUCUAAGGUUCCCAAGGAGGUGGAGGUCCCCUAGAGCCCCCCGGCUCCCCAGGGAGAGGACCCCCAGCGCCCCGGGAGCCAGAUGAUGCCGGCCACCCUGAGCCCCUCGGUCCCGGCGGCCCGGGAGCAGGAGGCCGCGGUCAAGCUGGAGCAGGGGUGCGGGACCCCGCCGGACGCCGAGGGUCUCCGCCGCCGCUUCAGGGGCUUCCGCUACCGAGAGGCGGCCAGGCCCCGCGAGGCCCUGAGCCGGCUGCGGGAGCUGUGCCACCAGUGGCUGCGCCCCGAGGCCCGCAGCAAGGAGGGCAUCCUGGAGCUGCUGGUGCUCGAACAGUUCCUCACCAUCCUGCCCGGCGAGGUCGGGGCCUGGGUCCGCGAGCAGAGGCCCCAGAGCGGCGAGGAGGUGGUCAUCCUGCUGGAGGACUUGCAGAGGGACCCCAGGAGGCUGCUGCGAUGGGUGACGGCCCCGGGGCAGGGGCAGGACGUCCUCCUGGAGAAGAUGGCCUCUCUGAGCUACCUGUUGGGCCGAGCCGGACCCCAGCCCUGGGAGGAGUCGGAGCGGCCCGCCCCGGCCCCGCGGGACCAGCCCGGGCUCGGCAUUAAAGAAGAGCCCAGCACCCUCCCCAGACACGCUCUGCCUGCGCUGGAGGGCAGCGCUGGAGACCAGGAGGUGGUGCCUGCCCUAUUCCCCGCCAGGCCCCAGGAGGAGUGGGGGGGCCUGGAUGCCAACCAGAGGGAGCUCUGCGGAGACCCCGAGCAGGACAAGUUGGAGAAAAUCAUCACCCUCAGCCAGGAGUCAGCGGGGAUCCCAAUCCCCCACCCGGACCUGAUGGCCAUGCUGGAGAGAGGGGAAGACCCCUGGGGCUUGGAACCUCACACCGUGCAGGAAAUGGACAUCGCCAGAGGCGUCUGUCUAGGGCCGGGCAGGAGGACCCCGAGGGACAGCUGGCCGAGAGAAGAGCCGAGGGCCUGGGGGCCGGAGCCGGAGGGGAUCCCCCCGCCCCGGGCCCAGGGGGCCUCCUGGGAGGAGGCGGCGGCGGCGGCGGGGCGGGACGCCCCCUCCGUCCCCGGGGAAGGAGCCGAGGGCGCCCGGGCCGUCCGGGCCCGGGGGGCCGCGGGCGGGGAGAAGCCCCACGCCUGCCCCGACUGCGGGAAGAGCUUCGGCCAGAAGUCCAAGCUGGUCCGCCACCAGCGAGUCCACACGGGCGAGCGCCCCUUCAAGUGCCCCGUGUGCGCCAAGGGGUUCAGCCGUGGCUCGGGCCUCCGAGCCCACCAGCGCGUCCACACGGGCGAGCGCCCCUUCCGCUGCCCCAGCUGCGGCCAGGGCUUCAGCAAGAACUCCCACCUGGCCCGGCACCGCAGGGUCCACACGGGCGAGAAGCCCUUCCGCUGCCCGGUCUGCGCCAAGGCCUUCACGCGCAACGCCAACCUCCGAGCCCACCGGCGGGUCCACACGGGCGAGCGGCCCUACCGCUGCCCCAUCUGCGGCCAGGGCUUCAGCAAGAACUCGCGCCUGCUCGGCCACCAGGCCCGGCACGGCGGCGUCCAGCGGCCCGACGCCGGCCCCGCGGCCCCCGACCCGGCCGCCCCUUGCCCCGUCUGCGGCCUCGGACCCUCCGCCCGGCGGAAGGCCCACCCGGGCGAGGGGUUGCCCGCCUGCCCCGGCUGCGACCCCGACCGGUCCGGGCCCUUCCCGGGGGCCGCCUGCGCCCGGGGCUUCCGGGAGAGCCCCCAGCUGUACCCGCAGCACAGGGGCCAGUGGGACGGGGGACGGGGAGCCGGGGAGCCCGCCGAAUAA